GAAAAAAACCACACAAUGGUCCGCCAACACGGCACCCUAACAAAAGACCCCGAGACCAACGACGCCGCGUGGGAAGCGACAAAGGGCGCGGUGAUUGGGGCGACGAAAUGGGGUGCACUCUUCGCCCUCGGAAGCGGCCUAGCGUUCGCCUUCUCACCACUAUACAAGAGCUUUACUGUGCAGUUUAAAACAUACAUACAAAUGUCCGGCAUGAUCCUCGGCGGCUACCUCGAAGCGGAUAAGCGCUUCGUCGCCUACGGGCACCGCAUGAGGUACCAGAAGAGCAUGGCGCGGGAUGCGGAGGUUUGGCGGAGGUAUGAGGAGGAUUUUGAGGAGAGGGGGACGCCGGGGGUGGGGGCUGAGAGUAGGGUUGGGAGGGGGGGGGAGUGA